CGUCAGAUGGGCUCUGUUGGGCUGUGCUCGAAACACAGCAUAGGGAGGGAGAUCUAUUAUAUCUCGUCUCUCAGGACAUUCUCCGUCAUGAUCUGAUUUGCCUCCUACGCUGUUGAUUCGGCUUGCUUUCUUGCCUGAGCUGUUCGUUCGAUACUCAUACAUUCUUUCAAGUGUGUGUACCCUCACGUUCUUUUGCUUCAAUUCAAUACUGUCUUUAAAUUUCAACUUACCUUACUUUCAAUAUGUUCUCAUCAACCUCUGUCACCCUUGCCGCGCUGUUGUAUGCCCACCUCAGCAAUGCCCAAGUUUUUAACUGCGAUAUCACAAUUCCACCAAACCCUUUGACAGCAACUGGACUCGCUACACCUUAUAAGGUAACUGGCUGUGACCAAACUCAGUUUGAGACACAAGGGUCUUUCAUCGAAGCAGCUAUUCUAGACACUACGACAGGAGCUAUUCAGAUCUACCAUCCAUUACUCAUCAACCAAGAUGCCAACGUGGAAGGCGUUGACUUCAUUGCCCCAGUCGUUCCUACCCUCCCAGCGAAUGCAACAGUUGGUAUUUGGUUCGGAUCAAACGCCGCAACUGUGACGUUGUUAGGCACUACACAAGGUUGUGUUAAUGGUCUGGACAACUCGAUCUUUGGACAAUUUGCUUAUUGCAAUGCGCCGGAGUUCUUCACAGCAGCCGAGACCGCUAUCUCUGCUGGUCUGCUGAAGGUCCCGGCUCCAGGAACAUCCACUAAGACUGCGACUGCCCAAGCAUGCCCGGUGCUUAGAGAUUUCCGAAUUGUGGAUAUGGAUCAAAGUGAUAACGUUGACACCACGUAUCUUCUAAUCGAUGGGAAGAAACUUGCUCAGAACACCGACGCAAAUGCAGCAGCGUUAUCUAUGUUUUGGGACAACUCAAACACUGUUGCAGAUAACUCCACCGUCCUAUCCAAUGGAUCAGAUAACGCCCUGGUUAACGACUUUAUCUCCCCCACUAUGGGCUGCACGCCGUUCACAACUUCUUCUAUCACAGCGCCCAAUGGUGUAUCUGGUGGUCUAGCUCUGAAUGAGCUGCAAGCUCAAUUAUUUCCUCCCGCGUCCGGACCAGCUUUGGUUCCAUUGAACGAUGAUUUUGCCGUUAUCAACAACAAUGGAGCUGUCACUCAAUCCCUUGACAAGACCAACCUCUAUCGUGCAAGUGUGGGUCAACCCCAAGCAGCAGAUAGUGCAAACGUAUCAGGAACGACUUACUGUCAAUCAUACGCUCAAAGUUGCAUCUUCAUUGCAUUGAACGAAAAGCUAUUCAUUGGAGCAACGACUCCUGCUGCCGAUGUGGCGAAUAACCUCUUUACUUUCCUGGCCAAUCGAUUUGCCACAAGUUUUGGUCCAGUCCCUUCCCUUGGAUGCUCAACAAUCUUCGGCGUUAACGUCACUGACAUUGUUCAACAAACUGUCGACGGAAAUGGAGUAGUGACGGCCGCUACAAUUGACACGUCAACCUUGCAGAAGAUUCUUGACGGGACCAUCAAAGCAGGGUCUACAGCUGUCACUAGUGCCACAACCGCAGCUUCUACUAGCAAGACAGCUACCAAGGGUCAAGGCAAGACAGCAGGGUCCUCAGUCACCAGCAUAGCAGCGUCAGGAACUGCUAGCAGCAUUGCUACCAAAAAAGACGGCAGCAAGACGGCAACGGGAACCGGAAAAGCCAAAGCUAAGGCAACUGGAGCUGGAUCUGGAAGUACCAACGCGGCGGUGAGCGGCGUGGCUGCGGCGACUGCUACUUCGACAGCGGCGAGAACUCGACCCACAAGAAAUGCCGAGCAAAAUAAAGGUGCAAACAAUGUUUUCAACUCCACUUUGAAAGCUCGGAAUAUAUGGGCUUGAUAGGCAUUCUGGCUAGUGAUCAGAGCAACCACGAGGCGGAGAUUCUGUGCUUGCAGUUUUUUAAAGAGGGGACGGCUUGGGAUUGACGAAUUGUGUUUGGAGGACUAGACGCAGCAUCUCCCGGAGAGAGAGCUGCAUGUCUUUGUACCAAUAGGAUCGAUGGAGAUGCAAUCCGCGCGGCGUUCUUGAUAAGUGUUCGAUUCAUGCAGAGUAGCAAUUGACCAAUUCUGCAGCCGCUGUAAUUAGGCCGAGGUGUACUCCUCCUACACUUCCUCUU